AUGACACUGGACAUUGACAUACCUUUGCCAGGCGCAUUGCACGGAUCUUGUGCGUGCGCUUCAGGAGCAGUUCGGGAGCCAUCAUGCACCUCGCUCAGCGACAUCCUCAUGCAGAUCUCUCAGGAACUUCGUCCCCAAGUGCUGCUGCAUGUGCGAAGCACGCAGAGCACUUUGGAACCCAAUGCAGAUGAGGAGCUCUUCCCGAGCUCGACGCACGAGGAGCCGACGCCGCAGAAACAGCAGAGCGAUGACAUGAGGUCGGAAGUCCCGAGCUCGCGCAGAGCGCCGGCGCAGGCGAUGCGACGGUUGCAGAAGCAGUCGCCAGCGGAAUUGCGGCUGCAGGCGCAGGCCUUGUGGAAUGCCUUGGAGAAGGCCAAAGUCUGUAUUCCACCACUGGAGGCUGAGAAGCCGGUGGAGAAGUUCCACUUGGAGAGACAUGGGCAUGGCCGAGGAAACACGAAGAGCACCAAGAAGCGGCGAAAGCGGGCAGAUCGAGCAGAUCUAAGUCGCUUGAUCCUCCACUUGCAGCAGCUGGCGCUGGAGCAUGGCAUUGAGCCGGAUGCGAGCGAGGAGGUGAUGCAGGAAGUGCAGGAAGAUAGCUCGGACAGUGCGAGCUAA